AUGAACACGAACUUAUCGACCGAGGAACAUGAUUUACGUGAUCUAUAUCCGAUUGCUGAAGAUAUUUCAUCCGUUAUCCGAAGCGUCUCGCAACAGACAACAUCGACGGAGAAUCAUGAGAGAGAAGAGACGAUCGAUUUUAUCCUUGUAUAUGAGGAAACUGCAUCGGAAGAUAUCGAUCCUUUUGAACGUGCACAGAAAGCAAUGAGAAAAAAUUUCGAAGCAAAUUUACAACAUUAUGGAUUAGUUUUAAACUACCGAACAAUUCGGUUGAAACAUCAACAACAACGAGUUUUUGUUCUAAUUACAACACCUUUCGAGAAACUUCUUGAAAUGGCUGAAAUUACUCGUAAUUCAUCGUCAUUUAUUGCAAAUCUAUAUAAUUUCUCUAUCAAUCUAGGGACAUAUUUACCAUUCGAUCGUGUCAAUCCCGUCUUACGCCAACUGCUUACCUAUCCGCCGUUAACUCACAACUUUCCUCAACUAUUUCUUCCAGAUUCUUCUGUAUUUCAAGAGAAAAUCCAACGAUCCAAUUACGUCUUUUAUCCAUAUUCAAAACGAUUACAUAAGAAAUUUGCUCGACAUUUUUUUCGUUCGAAUGUACAAACAAUUCUCAAAACCCAUACAUUUACCAUCGCACAACGAACACGAUUAACCUAUGAAAUUCUAUCUCGUAUACCUAUUUCACCGCCUUCGUCCUCAAAACUACACACAAACAUUCCACUAUCCGAACUCAAACGCAUAUCUCCCUUGUAUCUCAGCAAUACAUCAUUUCAAUCCUUAACUAUCAAUCCGUCAUUGCCCGUGGAAACGACAGCCAGUUUUAGCUCAAUUGCUCAUGAUGACAUCAUCGAAAAAUUAAACGAAUCUCAUCGACAUCGAAGUAUUCAAAUCCUCUCAUCGCAUCAAUAUGCAUACGGAAUCAAUAUUUUAAUCAAAAUCGGUAUAUAUAUUACUGCAUACGCACCACACGAAGACUGCCGAAAAGACAAGCAAAUGAACAACACUCGCGAGUUACUCUAUUUACAUUGGGCACGAAUAAAACAUAUUCAACCAAUUGAACUCAUACGAGCUUAUUUCGGGGAAAAUGUCGCACUCUAUUUUGUCUUUCUCGGAUGGUAUACAUACAUGCUUAUGUUACCAUCGAUCAUCGGAUGUUUUGUGAUCAUAUACUCAACUAUCAAUGCCUUUUUCGAUAUUCCGACAAUCGAAACUUGUGUCAAUAUCAGUAAAGAAUACCUGUGUCCACAACGAACACGUAAGAAGUACGUGUCAAUUGGGAAUGAUUGUCUUACAAAACGAUUCAGCACGGUAUUUGAUAACUAUUCGACGCAUAUGUUCGGAGUGUUUAUGAUCUUCUGGGUUCUUUGUCUACGACGAUUCUGGCAAAGAUAUUUAGCGCGAUUUCAAUAUUACUGGAGUGUUUAUGAAGACGAACGUCGUCAUGAAUUAACUCGAUCGUCAUUUUUAAUCCAAUCUACACAAACGAAAAUCAAUCGUAUCAAUGGUAUCGAAGAACCCUUCAUUUCCUUAUGGAUUGUAUUAGUCUGUCGUUUACUGUCCGUUCUUGUUCUAUUGAUUUUUCUUGGAUUAUCAACCUUAAAUCUCAUUUUAAUGCUUUAUAUUCGUUUGAAAUUGUUCCAUAUAUUCCACUCGAUUAGAAAUGAUCUUGGGAAAGAAAAUUCGUUCAUCGUUAUCAGCAUCAUAGCAUCUACCAUUUCGUUGACUAUCAGUGUCAUUCUUGAUUUCCUGUUUGGAUAUGUUGCGAAUCGAAUGACUGAAUUUGAACGGCAUCGAUACCAAUCCGAUUUUGAUGCAAGUUUAACGUUGAAAUUGUUCAUUUUCGCAUUUGUCAAUUAUUAUUCCGUGCCGAUUUACAUUGCUUUCUUCAAACCAUGGAUACCGUCGUUACCGGGAAAUGAAAUCGCAGGCGUCAAGUCCUAUUUUGUUUUCACCGAGAAAUUAGAGCCGUGUAAUGAUUUAACUGGGUGUUCGUAUGAAAUUAGUGUGAUUCUAUUAAUAACAUUGAUUGGCAAGCAAUUAGUCAAUGCUAUGAUUGAAAUCUUAACAACGAAGUUUCUGAAUCUUAUUAAUUACUUGCAGUAUCACCGACGAGAGUUGAAUUCCAAACGGCAAAGAUCGUUUUUGUCAAUAAACGGCAUUACCGAUGACGUCACUGCAGGAGAAGAAACAUCAACGAGAGAACGAGCAGCAUGGGAAACUGAUAUAUACUUGCAACGGCUAGGUCGCUGGCAAUUAUAUAAUGAAUAUAUGGAAAUCAUGGUUCAAUAUGGUUUUGUCGCAAUGUUUUCCAUCGCUCUUCCUGUCGCUCCGUUUCUAGCAAUGAUUAACAAUCUUUUCGAACUUCGUACAGACGCGAACAAACUUCUAUUCGAAUUUCGUCGACCGAUCGGUGAACUUGCCUACACUCUGGGCAUCUGGGAGAAAAUCUUCGAUGUCUUGUCUAAACUCGCAAUUCUUGCAAAUGUGCUCUAUCUCCUAAUCACCUGCGAUCUAAUUCCUAAAUUGUUCUUUAUGUACAUUGAAAAGAAUAAUAGUUUGACGAAUUAUAUCAAUUAUACAUUAUCAUAUUUCGAUAUAAACGAUUUGGACGAUCGCGAAGAAGUUCAUCAAGGAAAACAAUUGAAUAUCACCUAUUGUCGUUAUCGAGAUUUUCGAUAUGAUGAUGGCUCAUCUUACAAGUACCAAACAACACCGAUUUAUUAUCAAAUGCGAAUGAUCCAAUGGCUGUCAAUAUUCUUUCUUCUUAUCUUAAUAAUCCUAAUCUACUAG